CACUUCUAUAACUUUACAGGCUUAGUGGCAUGUCCCGUCUGCGGCGACGUAGCCAACGGCUAUCAUUAUGGCAUCUUCACCUGCGAGUCCUGCAAGUCCUUCUUCAAGCGCAGCGUGGUGCAGCAAAAGAUCUAUGAAUGCAUUAGGGGUACCGAUAAGUGUCGCAUUAAUGUCAAUACGAGGACUAGAUGCCCGUCUUGCAGGUUCGAGAGAUGUAAGCGUGUCGGCAUGAUGACGGAGCUGGUGAGGAUGUCUGGGGAAAGGGGGGGAAGGCACUCAUUCCCCUCAAAAAUUGGUGGCGUCCGGGGCAAACUUCGACUCCCGUAUCUGGUUGAAAGAAAGUCAAAAGGGAGCAAAAACAUUAAGUUGACUUAAUCAA